CACUCAUUCAGCUGUUCGCAUCCACUCCUUCAAUACCAAUCACCAGCAACGACUAGCUUCUCGCAGUUGAUAUCCCAUUGUCAAUCCGCUGUACGCCCUCACGUUACGCUACACCUAGCUAUUCACGACCACCUCUCGCAUUCAUCCCGCCAUGACGACCUUUCAAUUGCUUGCUGUCCGUGAUGAGAGCGCCGGAACACUCAACCCUACCAUGAUCAAUCUCCUCAUCGCCCUGAUGGUCCUCAUCCUCGUCGGCCUCUGCGCAAUUGGACUUUUAUUCUGGCUAAGAAGCGUGCGAAGAGCAAGGAAGGAAUCCGAGCUCCCCCUAUACAACGAGAAAUCAAACUCGAAGUCCUCGAACCACCGCCGCUUGACCAUCACCGUCCAGGAGAAGCAGAAUCUCAUCGACAACUCCUCCAGCCCUCCACCCAGCCCGGUGCCGGAGAUUCGCAUCACUUUUCCCGACGAGGUAGACGAGACCGGCAAGAAGCAGUCUGGUCGCGUCGUCGUCGUACGUGUUGGCGAUCACAGCGUCGGACUGGAGCCAUUGAACGAGGAUCUUCCGCCAUACCAGAAGGACUCGUCGGAUCGUUUCCAGUCUCUUGAUCUUGACCGCAUUGGAGGCUUGAAGGAGAACGAUGAAAAGAGAUGGUCAUAGUCGACGGUGUUCCACGCCACCCACACCUCUAAUCCCUAAUCGGCAUCCUUCAACUGCCUUCUCCCGCCCGCCGACUACCCUACACUUCCGCACUUCCUUUCAUGCCACUUGGCUAUGACCCGCUAUUAUUAUUUUUGACGCCAUGUACAGUUGUGCUGACUGUCU